AGACUACGUUGCUGAUUUUGUGUGUGUGUGCCGGUGGUUAAAUUGAUAUCUUUUUUUCAUAAUCAAUAAUUAAUUCCUUUUUAUUCUGGUUUCUUAAACUAUUACUCAUGUCUACUCGAUACCAAAAAUUAUCUUCAACUGAAGAAAACGACCACCAUGAGACUCCAUCUACUUCCGCAACACAAGAACAACAAUUGAAUGAUUUACAAGAUUCGUUUGGAGAGUCCUUUGAUGAGGAAGAAGAAGCAACAGUGACCGAUAGACUUUUACGAGACGAUACUGUUAUCCAUAUGCCACCAACACCUGCAGUACAGCAUCAACAGCAGCAACAACAACAACAAAAUCGAGGACCACCUGCAGUACUACCUGUUUCUAUGGACGGUGUAUUUGCAAAUAUGUCAGCAAAACCAGAAACAGAAAGCAAUAAAUUGGAUGAAACUCCUCCUACAUAUGAAGAAGCUGCAGCGGACGCAACUCCACCUUAUUGGCAAACAACAAUUAUCGCUCCAGCUGGUAUGGGCGAUAUGAUUCUAGUAGAAGGCAUGCCAGUUGGAAGCAUAUUCUCAUUCUUUUGGAAUCUCCUGAUAUCUGCGAGUUUCCAGUUUGUGGGUUUCAUGUUGACCUACUUAUUACAUACAUCACACGCAUCCAAACAAGGAUCUCGGGCAGGUCUUGGCGUAUCUUUAGUGCAGACAGGCUUCUAUAUUCGUAGUCGUGGUACAUUAGAAGAUGAUGAAUAUUUCUAUAGUGGGAAAGAAACUGAUUCCAAAGCUUCAACAAAGGCAGAAGAUAGUACAGAUGCUGACAUCAUUGCUUAUUUUCUCAUGAUGUUGGGUUGGUUUAUCGUCAUUCGUGCUUUAGCGGACUACUUUAGAGCAAAGCAAAUGGAGAAAAUCAUUUGUUCGGAACCUGUAGCAGAGUCCAUUGUUUAAACAAAAAUAUUUAUGUAAUACCCAUUCUUUUUCUCAUAAAAAAAAACUCUUGUCUCAUUACUAUUGA